AAAAAACAGUUAAUUUGGUUGUAAAAUAUACAAAAUGUUAGCUCAAGUGCAACUUCUAUUCAUGGUGGUGUUCUUAGAAAUGGCAUUAAUUUUGCUGUUUCUUUUUAGAACACCUUUGAGGAAACUUAUAAUCAUGACCCUUGAUCGAGUCAAACGAGGACGUGGACCGUUGAUUGUUAAAUCUGUAGCUGCCACUGUUCUUGUGAUUAUGAUUUAUACUGUUUACUCUAUUAGGGAAUUGCAGUCUAGGCCUACUGAUUCUGUUAAUCCAACUGAUCAAAUCCUUCUUGCACAUCAGAUUCUUGAAGCUGCUCUUAUGGGAUUUUCUCUAUUUCUUGGACUGAUGAUAGACAGGCUACACCAUUACAUAAGGGAGCUUCGUCUACUGAGGAAGACCAUGGAGGCUGUGAAGAAGCAGGAUCGCACAUUGGACAAUGGUAAGAACGGCGAGGCCAGUACAUUGAGAGAUGAGAUCUCCUCCUUGAGGAACAAGGUACAGCAGCUGGAAUCGGAAUCCGAGGCAAAAGAAAAGGAGGUGCAAUCUCAGAAAGCAAAUUCUGAUGCUCUUAAAGGUCAGUCUGAAAAAUUGCUGCUCGAGUACGAUCGGUUGCUGGAAGAGAAUCAGAAUCUUCGGAGCCAAUUGCAAUCAGUUGAUCAAAGUGUGUCACAUUCUGAUAACAAAAAGAACACAUAGGAUAUAGCAUACAAUCUGUUUUGCGACUAUCAACUCUAAAGAAGUGUGUUGUGUAAGCUUAUCUUUCUCGUCAUGAUAGAUUCUUGUAUAAUGGUAUCUAUAUUUUAUAAUCUUUUUAUGUUUUGAUUAUCCUAAACUGCCACCCCCGUAUUCUUGUUAUUCACUGUGCUUGUGUUCUUGGAGGAGUGAUUAUGUACCGAGAUUUUGCGUUUGUGGGAAGUUUUAAGUGGACAUUGUUGAAAUGAAAGAUAAUUAUCCAUCAUGGUACAUUGAUUUGGUUUG